AUGAUAGGAGAGGUGUUCUUGAAUGGAAAAAAGAUGCUUCUACUUUGGGUCGUUUUUUCCCUUAUCUCUCUGGAGAGAGAGAGAGAGAGAGAGAGAGAUAUGAAUAGAAACAUGCAGGGAUUCCUGAUAGGAGCUGUGGGGGCAGCAAUUACACUGUCUGCUUAUGAACAGACUCUCCUCACUCCCACUCAGUGCGUCGCCAGUGGUUUUCUCCUUCUCAUCUUUGGCCUCCUUGUCAAAGAGGGUUUUAUUUCUCUCUAAUCUCUGCUUUCUUUCUUCUUUGAUUUUUUCCCCCCCUACUUCAAUUCCAAAUAGAGUUUCUGGGCUUCUUUCUUUCGUUGACUUUUCUAAUUGUGUAUCUUGUAUUUUGAGGUGUCCUAUACCUUGUUGUAUGGUGGUUCGAGUAGCUAUCCUUGUGUAGAUUGAUAGUAGACAUGCACUUUGAUGAAAUAAGACGAAUGGUUGCUUGAA